AUGGUUGCGAGAUGCGACGUCCAGGAUAGUGUGCCUUUCGAAACGUCAAGUCUUCUUUCGGCGUACCAUAACCCUCAGCAUCGUGUACUGGUUAAGCUACUCCUUGCGUCUCACCGCUGGAAAGGCGCGCAGCAUCAUUGCUACCGCUCUUCUGAAUCGGUAUCACGGGCAACCGUCAUCGGCACCGGGGCCAACACAGGUCUCGGCCUCGAAGCCGCUCGCCAUUGCGCUUGCCUCGACGCCUCAAACGUCAUCCUCGCCGUCCGCGACCUUCCCAAACGUGCCGAGGCCAAUGUCUCCAUCCAAUCCUCAACCAGCUGCUGCCCAAUCCUCGUCUUGUCCCUCGACCUCUUGUCAUACGCAAGCGUCGAUGCUUUCGCCUCCCAAGCCUGUACCCAGCUUCAUCGCAUUGAUCCCAUUGUCCUGAAAGAGGGCUUUGGAUCCGAGACUUUUUGCCCGGCCGAAGCAUUGGAAUUAAUCAAUACAACACGAAUUUCCAUUAGCACUCUUCUGCUCGCUUGA